UAAAUAAUUGAUCACAUUGCGAGAGAGGAGCAAAAAAAAAAAAAAUGAGGAGAACAGCAGUGAUGGUUUGGAUAAGUCUUUUGGUGCAAGUGUCCCAUGGUGCUCAGGGUCAUUAUGCCCAGAAGCUUCUGAAUGACCUGAUGGAGGACUAUUCCAACGCUCUGAGACCUGUGGAGGACACAGACAAGGCCCUCAAUGUCUCCCUUCAGAUCACGCUGUCACAGAUCAAAGACAUGGAUGAAAGGAACCAGGUGCUCACCACCUACCUGUGGAUACGGCAGGUCUGGCACGAUGCCUACCUGAAGUGGGACAAAGAGGACUACGACGACUUAGAGAUGAUUAACAUCCCCAGUGAUUUGGUUUGGAAACCUGACAUUGUUCUCUACAACAAAGCCGAUGAGGAGUCCUCAGAGUCGCCCAGCACUAAUGUGAAGCUUCGUUAUAACGGAGAGAUCGUGUGGGACUCUCCGGCCAUCACAAAGAGCUCAUGUGUGGUGGACGUCUCCUACUUCCCCUUUGACUGGCAGUCAUGCAAUCUCACCUUUGGUUCCUGGACCUACAAUGGCAACCAGGUGGACAUCAGUUUGGGCAUGGACAGCGGCGACCUGUCCGACUUUGUGGAGAACGUGGAGUGGGAGUGUCACGGCAUGCCUGCAGUCAGGAAUGUGAUGAUGUAUGGCUGCUGCUCAGACCCGUACACAGAAAUCACCUACACUUUGCUCCUUAAGCGCCGCUCCUCCUUCUACAUCUUCAACCUGCUCCUGCCCUGCUUCCUCAUCUCGUUCCUGGCUCCGCUGGGAUUCUACUUGCCAGCCGACUCGGGAGAGAAGGUGUCUCUGGGGGUCACGGUGCUACUGGCGCUCACCGUGUUUCAGCUGCUGGUGGCUGAGAGCAUGCCUCCUGCUGAAAGCAUGCCCUACAUAGGGAAGUACUACAUUGCCACCAUGACAAUGAUCACAGCUUCCACGUCCCUCACCAUCUUCAUCAUGAACAUCCAUUUCUGUGGUGCAGAAGCCAAACCGGUUCCGCAGUGGGCGAAAGUGCUAAUCAUCGACUACAUGUCGAAAAUCUUUUUCGUCUAUGAAGUGGGGGAGAACUGUACGACACCGGAGAGCAAGAGGACCCCGCUGUACCCAGAGGAACCUAUGGGCGAUAAGGGUUGUUACUAUGAUGACAGCUGCCAUAAUGGCUCCUACCAUCACGACGGCGAGUUGUACAGGUACAGCAACGGCCAAGCUGUGCAUCAUCACAGCAAGCAUUACAAAAGCCAUGCGAAUGGCAACGCCAACGGUAGAUAUCACUAUUACAACAACCACAACAACCGUCCUUCCACAUUGGAGCGAGGCGAAAUGAAACAAGAGCCCACUCAACACUACCACCACAUCAGACGGGACCAACUGGACUAUCAGGCUCCUCCGCACUUCCGAAACCUUCAGCACCUGAAUGGGGGGGUUAAGGAGCAAAAUCUCUACUCUUCAGAGAAAAUUCAACUCCCAUCUUGCCCCUGCUGCUGUCCCUGCCUCCAACAUAAACAGGUGGUAAAAAACAUUCAGUACAUUGCCAACUGCUUCCGAGAGCAGAGAGCCACCUGUGCAAAGGUAGCAGAGUGGAAGAAAGUUGCCAAGGUGAUGGAUAGAUUUUUUAUGUGGAUCUUCUUCGUCAUGGUGUUUCUCAUGAGCAUCCUCAUCAUUGCCAAGGCAUCCUGACAAAGUCCUCCAGCAUUACUGGUCCUCAGUGUUACUACUUUCAUCAACGUCAGCAUCUUAUAAAACUGUAUUGCUCUCAAAAAGACAAUGAAUGUGGUUGUAAAGAUGAAUUUUUCCUUCUCAUCAUGUUGCUGCACACAGAUUUAACCACGUACUUCACCUAAAGCCUCCUCCAGUCCUCUUGGGUAGUUAAAGUCAGGUGUGCUCGCAUGUGUCACAACGUACUGGAGCGGUAAGACAAUCCUGGCUCUUCCCUCGAACAUGCAUGGACUCUGCAUUAUUGACGAGGUAACAGUCAGACAUCCAGCAGUAGGCAUUGUGUUUCUGACAUUAAGCAAUCAGAUGCUAUUUCCAAGUUUGAUCUGUGUACAGUCAUAUCUAAUAAAUUAGAAGAUUAUUGAAAAGUCCAUUUAUUUCAGUUAAUUAUAUUCACUUAGUGAAAUAUUAUAUUGGCUAAAUAAAAGAUUGAUAUUUUUCAAGCCUUUAUUUUCUG